CAAAUUGCUGUGUGGAGAAAUUGUUGCUCUUGAAGCCAAGCUAAACAGCAGCUACUUCACCCAGAGUUUACUGUUUUGAAGAGCUAAUAAUUGCAGCAUGUCUUUGUCUAAGCCUAUGAGCAAGUUCUGGGAAUGGGGUAAGAAUAUCUUCUGUGUGGGGAGGAAUUAUGCAGCACAUGCCAAGGAGCUGAAGAAUGCCCUUCCCACUGAGCCACUUUUCUUCCUUAAGCCCUCCUCAGCCUAUAUCAGGGAAGGCAAUGCCAUCAUCCAGCCCUACUACUGUAAUAAGCUGCACCACGAGGUGGAACUGGGUGUGGUGAUUGGGAAGAGAGCCCAGGGAGUUCCUCAGGAAGCAGCAAUGGGUCAUGUGGCAGGCUAUGCUCUCUGCCUGGACAUGACAGCCAGGGAUACUCAGGAGGAGUGCAAGAAGAAAGGGCUUCCUUGGACUUUAGCCAAAGGAUUCAGUACCUCCUGUCCAGUGAGUGACUUUGUACCCAAGGAGAAAGUCCCAGAUCCACAUCAGUUGAAGAUCUGGCUGAAGGUAAAUGGAGAGUUGCGUCAAGAAGGGAAUACAUCUGGCAUGAUGUUCACCAUUCCAUACAUCAUCAGCUACAUCAGUGGAAUUGUCACAUUGGAAGAAGGGGAUAUCAUCUUAACAGGGUCCCCUGAAGGAGUUUCUGCUGUGCAAGAGAAGGAUGAAAUAGAAGCUGGGAUUGAGGGGCUGCUGAGAAUGCAGUUUCAGGUAGUGCGGCAGAAAAGCCGUCCCUGAUAUGUGGGAAGUUCCUUUUCUCUGGAAGAAAAAAGAGUUGAUUGCUCAUACAAAGGCCACAUUUUCUCCUUGUGAGAUGGAAAAUAGCAGGCUUUUCAGAAGACCCUACAAUUAUUGCCUUUUCUCAUUCAGAUGUCCUUGUCUCUCUUAAAGUGCAGACCACAGAGAUCCCACCUAUUGGGUACCAGACACAGUGACUUUAGUUGCAUAUAAGAUAAACCAGAAUAUAGCAAUAGGCUGACAAACACUCUCUAAUUGCCUAGUUGGAGGAGCUACAGUAGUCCUUUUUUGGUUGCCCUGGUAUGAUUUGCAGAUGAGAGAUCUGGGCUGUUUCCCUUUGACAAGCUCAGGUUUGGGAGCUGUGUUUGUUGUCAAUUUCCUAUUUCUGGCUUGUCUGGAAAAGGCCAGCCUGCCACUGUAAAUAAAAAGCCUAUAUAUUUUUAAAACUGCAAAACACUAUGUAUCAUAUAAUCAUAACCCACCUUCCUUAAAAAUGUAGCCAAAUAAUGGAGUUUUGUGCCAGAUUAUAUUGUUUAAAAUUAUAUUUCAUAUGAUGUGAUUUGAAAAGCACUUUGCAAUGAAGCCAAAACUUGUCUUUGUUUCUGUGAAUAAAUGCCACACAAUUCAUAAUAUUA